CACAAAGCGCUCUUAGCUUCAGUUUACACGGUAGCUAUGGAUAGUCAUGUCGGCCGCGGAGCGGCGAUCGCCAAAGAAAUCAUAACAGUUUUACUGUUAAUUUUUUAGCACGACGUUUGAGAGGGAAAACUAUGAAUGGCGCGCAACACUGCGGAUCUGUUAACCAAAACCAACAGUAAACUCGAGUGCUUUCUGAAGAGAGCCAUUUCCGAGGAAACGUAUGAGCGAAUUCGUGCCUACGAGUCCUGUAUCGUUGUUUCGGAACGCGAAAACAAGGCGUUCAAAUAUAUUGUUCUUGGAGACGAGUGGAUAUACCUGACAGAGAACCCGCCGAAAACCGUCCAGGAAACAGUGCCUCUGAAAGAUAUUGUCUCGGUGGAACUGGUGAACGAAUAUCCAGAUUUCUUGACUGGAGCCGAAAGAGAGAACACCCAACAUAUCACCAUCACAUAUUUGACCUCUGACCACAGGAAACGAUCCAGGAGGCGUUCAAAGAAAACAGGAUCUCUCUCAGAACUCAGCAUAGACCGUUCCAAUGCCUCUACACCUCUUGGGUAUGCAGAGUCUGUAGAAAGCUUCUCGGAGGAUUAUGGGUACAGCACACAGAGCACGUGCAGCUUGCAGGCCAGCAGACCAAAUAGUCGAGGAUCUGUUGCCUCCAGUUGGAACACCACCAGCAGCAUCAGUAAGAAGAAGAAGAAGCAGCUGAAUGACAGUCUGGACCAUGACAGCAUCCUACGGUCUCUCAAGGAGGAGCUGGAGGAAGACCUGGACACUGAUGACCGUCUGGCCACCAUCCACUCUGUGCCUUCAUCUUCCAAGGGGACUAGAUCUCACAGCAAGAGUCCCCGUGCCUCAAAACCUAACUCAGCUUCGAAACGCCCCCUCCCCAGCCCCAGAAACAGUCCUACCGAUACAACAGUCAGUACGAAGGAGCCAAAAUCCCUCCCCAUGAACAUAGACUCAUCAGAUACCUACCCAGAAAAUGAUGCUUCCACGUGUGGCUGUACGACUCUCAUGUGUCGGGGUCGCAACAAGAAUCAGGUUGUGCCAGUUCAGAAUGCAAAUAGUGCUCAGAUGCUAGACCACAAGGGGAAUGUGAUCGGUGCUCAGUCGGAUAAACGUCAACUUGUGCCAGAAAUUGAGGUGGAGACAGACUCGGUGGUCAUGAGGUCGUCUUCGCCUUCCAUUCAACAUUUUAGUGUCAGUAGGCUGUCGAUUGAUGGCAGUGUGAGAGGAUCUCGGUCAGGGACUCCGGACCUAGCACGGCAUAGAGGCUCCAGCAUCUUGGCAUCAACUUCAGAUCUUGGCGAUUCCAUGACCGGCCUGAACCUGGUGGGCGGCGAGGGUGGAUUGGUGGAGAAGCGACGCACUGUGCUUCACCUGUACCUCCUUAACCUCACCUCCCCCAUGCUCAUGCUGAUACGUAGUGCCUGGAACAACUAUCUCAUUAGAUGUACCCUCCUCAUUGACCCAGAGCUGGAGAAGGUUGCCAUGUCAACAGCUAUCCGAGGACCCCAGGGCAAGAGGCUUGUAAACAGAGAGAAGACCGAGCUACUGUUCAACCAGCUGAAGAGGGAGCUGUUCAAUGCCUCUAACACCAUGGACGAGCUGUACAGCCUCCUUGUAGAACUCAAGGCAGCCACCGAAAAGAAUUUUGCUCUUAAGAAACUCUUCUGGAGGAACUCGGACCUCUUCCUGUUCAUGGUGCGCCACCUCCAGAAAUAUCUGCCCAAGUCUCCUAGCAACCUGUCCACUGAUGAAGGGAGGGCUUCCAGAUCUGACGAGUUUGAGUUUGUGAUUCUGCUGGUGGAGAUUCUCAGCCUGAUGUUCAGGGAGACAGAGAUCAUACAGGGCAGGAUACAGACACUCAAAGCUGAGAGGGGUAAGGCUGUCCUUGACCUCUUAAUGGCCUUGACCUGUGUUCCUGACCUGCCAGAGAAGCCCUUAUCUCCAAAGAAGGUCAUGAAGUCGGGUAUUGGUGACCAGCUGAUGGAGAAAGUGUCUGACGAAGAUCUUGCCAAGCUUGUGGAGGAGCUCACCAAAACAGCCAUUAAAGCAGUCUUUGAGCUGUUUCUCAUGGCCAGACAAGCUAACUGGAACCACAGCGAGGGCAACUUCUUCAACAUCAGUUGGAUGGUGCGGGUCCUGGAGGAGAUUCGCACGACGGAAAAAUUUGUAGAGCGAGUAAUUGGCCAGAUGAUGGAGCUGAUUUCACCGGCCAAAUUUGACACAUUGGCUCCAGAGGAAGGUGUUGCCCUCUACCAGCAGUUCUCGUUACUACUGACGUUCCUAGAGUACAGUCCACGCAUCACCAAGUUCAUCAAGCAGCAGUACCAUGAGGAAUUCAAAUAUUUUAUCCAAGUGCCGAAAGUUGCAAGGAAGCUUCCCCCUCAAUACCCUGUGUCCACUUCAACCAGGAACAUCAUGGACCAAGUCAUUGCCAAGGUGCUCAGCCACAGCCGUUCCUCGUCACGCUCACCCAGGUAGUCCCUGUGUCUGCAGCACCUCCAUGACAAUCCCAGACAGCUGUGGCCAAACCUUGUCCAGUUCCACAACAAAGUCAAUUUAGUUCCUCUAGGAGGGCAUAUGUCAAAACCUUUCCACAUUCCUUCAGUCUAACCCAGUAUGUAUCUGAUUGGUAUUGACAUCAGAUCUCACAAUCAGCGUUUAGGUCUCGAACACAUCUGUCUAACAGUUUUCAAUCUUAAGUUAUUUAUUGUCUCAUAGAUGUCUCACAUAGUGUAAAUAUUUCAUUGAAAUUAUGGAGAGUGUAUUGAUUCACUUGACCAAAGUAUAAACCACAGAUAUAUUGUCUCAGCAAA